GCAUACUCCAUCACCGUGUUGACUAGAUCAUUACAGCUGCGAAGACUGAUGUCUUGGUUUGACUACGGAAUUGAAGACUCCAAGAGUUUUUGCUCAAGUACGAGAGGGUGAAUUGAAGGUGCAUGGCCGUCGUACCCCUGUUACAACGUGGUGUACGAGCUCUAUCGUCAGAUAGGGACGCUGAUGUUCGUAUUGUUGAGGAUCUUCUUGACGAGAGGAUGUCGGGGAAUGAACGGCGUGAUGAGGACCGACAAGGGGGGGACUACCGUCGUACCGACGACAGGAUGACGGAUAUAAGGAGAGUUGAUGAAGUACACGAGGAAGACCGAAGGAGAUAUAGGGCACCAACAUGCUUCAGAUGUCAUGAGCCCGGGCACUAUGCUAAUCAGUGCCCGGAUAGGCAUCGACGGAGUUUUCGGUCCGAUAGACCAUCGACAUCGAUGGAAUCGAGAGGAAGCCGAUCUCCACGGCGCACCGAUUAUAGACGGAGAUAUGAGUCACCAUCAGGAGGAGCUGGAGGAAUCCAGGUUACGGUUGCUGAACUUGGUAAAUCAGUGGCGGCAAUGAAGGACUUCAUUGACGAAGCUCGUUUGAAGAAGUUGGAGAAGGAACGUAAGAAGCAAGAAAGGAAGGAAGCGGAAGAGCGCGAAGCUGAAGCGAGGGAGCGUGCGGAACGCAAAGCAAGGAAGCAGGCUGAGAAGCAUCGUAAGCAAAUGGAGCUCGAGGCGGAGAGACGCGCUGAAAUGAAGAAGGAUAACGACAUCCAGCUGGCUAUUCGCCUGAGCGAAUUGGAGGAUAGCGUUACCUGCAGGGUGGAGAGCGUGAUCGUACCUUUGAGGGAGUUGGUCAGACUCGGCAAGAAGAAGGUGGCAUAUGCUACCGACAGCGAAUCGUCGGACACUCAGGCGGGUGAAGGUAGUGAUACUAGCGUCACUCAGGAGCUGAGCGCUAGGACGGAGCAGCAAUGUAUCUCGGAGAAACGGAAGAGAGGUCGGGAUCCAGUGCUUGAAGGUAGCCCUCCUAUGGAGGGUCCUUCGAAGCGCACCCCUAAACGUGGGGUAUUGAAGCCGGCGUUGCUUUCAGCCAGACGGACAAGAUCCACGACUGUGGUGAAGAAUCCCGGAUGUGUGAAACGGGUAUCUCCGGUGAAGACACCGUUGAAGGCGAGGAAGGGACGCACACCAAGGAAGGGUACUCCUAUGAAGUCACCGGCUCUACAGUUCACUCCUGCUACUAAAGGCGCUCUACAACAACUUCGAUAUCGGAGCAGCGUUAUGGAAGAACUGAAGGACUGCGACGCAACCGAGCUGCAACGACUCUGCAAAGAGGAGGGAGUAACAUAUGAUGGGAAGGUGGGGGCGAUCUUCGCGAUUGCAGAUAGCCGCACUCGGCAGAGGUUUGGUCAGGAUACUGUCGAAGCUACCGAGGGGAGGCACAAUCAAAGCGUCAGAGCUGACUGUAAUGCUUUGAAGUUUCGGCGAUCAAAGAGUGAGUCGUGGCGCUUGGAUUUUUAUCAAGUGUUGAACGAUGGGUUCUCCACGGGGGAAGUUAAUGUGAGCAUUCUGGUGGAUGGGGGUAAUGUUUGGCACGGGGGAUGGAAGAGGGUUAGACGUGCCUUUGGGGAUACGAAGAUUCGAUGUGAAGGAAAGGACCUGGCCCUGAAGGACGCAAAACAGGCUUUGCAAAAAGGAGGUGUUUUCACGGUUGUACACUGGUGGAAGUGGAAACCAAAAUGCCGUUAUUUGAAGUCGGUUCUCUUGGGUGUUCUGUGUAAUCCACGUAAAGUACAGGAGGUGUUUGAUUGGAAUCUCGGAUCGCUGCUCCGACUGUAUUGUGCCAUCAAGGACUUUAGUCGGAAGUCGACUAGGAAGUAUCUACGCCGGUUAAUCUCCAGAGUUUUUCUUCGUCGUUUUGAUUUUAGUAUGAGCGCUGAUCUCGUCUUUCGUCUUAAGUUUGACGACAGGAUCCGAUCAUCUGCAGUAAGGAAAGUGGUGAAUGACGCGUUGAUGGGUGGGGAUUUACCCCAAGGCUUUCUGAACCGGGCGCGGAAGAAAGUCCGAAUUGUCUGUGUUAAGAACCCGGCUAUCUCGGAUGUUUUGCACAAUCAGCGAGUGUUUUCUUCUCGCAAAGUGCUGGUCUGCAAUUGCGCAAAUUCGCCUUACCCAAAAUCGGGGGGGCACGUCCGUUUCCGGCUUAGUGAGAUGGAAGGGAUACACCCUCUAUUGCGUAAUGCCAAGAAUGUCGCUCGAAUUGUUAGGGAAGAUAGAGUUGAGCAGUUGCACAGGGAGUUGAUGGAAGGCUUCAGUACGUGGAGAAAUUGGAAAGGGGAUCUGCCACGCAUACCGCAUGAAGUAUUACGUCGAUGCUUGAGUGAUCGUAUUGCGGAGAAUGGCCAAUUAUCGUCCGCCCACCUCAAUGACCUGAAGGUAAAACUUCAGGGAUUUGUAUUGACCCCUCUUGAUCGCAACCCACGCGAGAAAUUGGUGCUAUGCUUGUAUCUGUAUUUUGAAGCAAUAAUGUCUACCUACGUUAUGAAUUCAGGAUAUAGAAUUAUCCAAGCGGCACCUACUGAGGUGUUACGGGAGAUCAGAGAGGAAGUGUCGACGAGAGGUUUGACGAAAUUUGCUAAAUGGGACAAGGAUGGGAAAUUUGGCUCAGCUUAUGUCAUACCGAAGCAGAAGGAUGUGGAGAGGUUUAGACCCAUCUGUCCUACGUAUAGUGAACCCAUGGUAAGAACUGGUCGUGCGGUUUCGAGGGGCCUGAAUCAUUUGCUAAAGACCUUACCUAAGGGUUGGCACUUCAACCUGGUAUCAGUGUCUGGACUCGCCGCGAGGCUGAAGGAUGUCAACCAGAAGAUCCUUAGGCAUGAUGCAGGUGAAGAAGUGUAUACGGCCUCCUUCGAUAUUAAGGAGAUGUUCAGCAGGCUCCCGCAUGAUGAGAUUUUGAUCGCGGUUGAUUGGCUGUUUGACUUUCAUAGGCCAAAGGGCCGACAGUCGGUACGGGUGAAUACUCGAGGAAAGGGAUCAACCUUUGGCAUAACCACGGGUGCAGAUCAUUGGCAUGCUCUGGACUUUACGCAGAUGAGGGAAUUUAUUCAUCUGGAGUUACAGCAUACUUACACGUUUGCCACAGGGGUCCUGCUCCAGCAAGUGGUUGGCAUCCCCAUGGACGAAGUCGCGGUGGGGGCCAUGCUUGGCUACGUUGCCAAGGUGGCCCGCGAGUUUGUCUCGCAACGGUACGAAGAAAAAAACGCACCGUUGCUCUACGUUCGCAUUCAGAUUGGGCAAGCGGACUGCAACGCUUUGCUAGAUUGCGGCGCAACUCGCAACUUCAUCAGCCAGUCCUUCAUGACUCGGGCUGGCCUUGGCGCACAAGUACGGAGGAAGUCACAUCCGACGACGGUCGCUCUUGCCGACGGUAAGACGAAACAACUUUUAUACCGUAACAUCUCGGCUGUCCCGGUGUACUUUGCACCGCACGCAUGUGAACCCGUCACUUUUGACGUGUUGGACACCGACUUCGAUGUCAUUUUGGGGAUGCCUUGGCUUUCUAGCGCGGACCACACGGUCAAUUUCCAUCGACGCACGCUCACGAUUCGUGAUGCAACUGGCUCCGAGGUCCCGUGUACUAUUCCUCCUCCUCACUCUUCCAUUAGGUGCCAAGUCGUGAGUGCCAAAUCUUUUCGAGACACAUGCCGUUCCGAGCAUGUCGAAGAGAUUGGCAUCGCUUUGCUUCGAACCGUUCCGACGACCGAUUUAUCGUCCACAGAAGUGUCUUCCGACCCCCGUGUGACCCGGUUGUUAGACGAGUUCUCGGAUGUUUUUGAGACACCCUCCGGUAUAGUGCCGGACCGGCCAAUCUCUCACGAGAUCAUACUUGAGGCCGGCGCCGUCCCACUGAAAGGAUGCAUUUAUCGCAUGUCCGAGGAGGAGCUCACGGUUCUUCGUGCACAACUCGACGAUCUACUCGACAAGGGUUGGAUCCGCCCUAGCAGCUCACCUUACGGUGCGCCCGUUCUCUUCGUUCGGAAGAAGAACAAGGACCUUCGACUUUGCAUUGACUACCGACGCCUCAACGCGCAAACCAUCAAGAACGCGGGGCCUCUACCUCGCAUUGACGAUUUGCUUGAGCGGUUGGGCGGCGCCAAGUACAUUUCCAAGUUGGACCUCAAGUCGGGCUACCAUCAGAUUUCCAUCCGCCCGCAAGAUCAGUACAAAACCGCGUUUAAGACGCGAUAUGGGCUUUUUGAGUGGGUAGUUAUGCCUUUUGGCCUCACCAAUGCCCCGGCCACCUUUCAGGCGGCCAUGACCACCGAGUUUUGCGCUAUGUUGGACCGCUUCGUUUUGGUCUACUUAGACGACAUCCUCGUCUAUAGCCGAACUCUAGAGGAGCAUCUCGAGCACCUUCGGCGUGUUCUAGAAACUCUUCGAUCAGCCCGGUACAAAGCUAACCGCGACAAAUGCGAGUUUGUCCGGCAAGAGCUUGAAUACUUGGGUCAUUUUGUCUCUCCGGAAGGCAUUCGUCCGUUGGCGGACAAGAUUCAAGCCAUCCAAGAGUGGCCCGAGCCGAAGAAUGUGACGGACGUCCGAUCCUUCCUCGACUUGGCCGGUUAUUAUCAGUGCUUCAUCAAGGGUUACUCGAAGAUCGCGGCCAACCUAAGCAAGUUACAAAGCGAAGAGCGGCCUUUUGACUUCAACGACAACGCGCGCCAUUCUUUUGAGACACUCAAACCGGCACUCUUGUCCGCCGAGGUGUUACAUAUUUACGACCCGCUUCUAGCUACGCGCGUCACUACCGAUGCGUCGGGCUAUGGCAUUGGGGCCGUCCUUGAGCAGCACGAUGGCAUGGACUGGCACCUGGUCGAGUACUUUAGCAAAAAAGUACCUCCCCUGCAUUCGAUCGACGACGCACGAAAGAAGGAGCUUCUUGCCUUCGUCCACGCCCUCAAGCGUUGGCGACAUUUCCUCCUUGGUCGGAAAGCAUUCCGAUGGGUAACGGAUAACAAUCCGUUGGUAUUCUACAAGUCGCAAGACACGAUUAACAACCAAUUCAGUCUAAGUAGGACUGUGGUAUCACUGUUGGGUAUCCUUGUUGGGUAGUCCACUGGUAGGAAGAACGAACUUUCUAGUAGGGUCUGGGUCUCGAUAUUGUCUUGGCCAGUUCCGGCGUGUUUGGUUUUUUGCUUUUUUUCCUGAUGUUUCUCGUGAUUUUGUUUGUAGGAAGGAAUUGACUGGUAUAUAGGCAAUCAUUGCAAAGUUUUCGACCUCUUCAACGGGACUAACGUCGCGCAACGCCCUCG